CCAAGUAAUUAUCACUACAUGUACAACCUACUUCCUGAACAAUCCAUUAUCCAGAGAAAAUUCAACUCCCUCUUCUCUAAACCUAUAAACGACACCAACAUCAUCGGUCCUAUAACCAAAUAUUUUUGUCCAACGUAAAUUCUUCGAGAUGGGCAUGAUAUUGGGAAAGAUCAGCGUGGAAACCCCGAAAUACCAAUUGAUUAAAUCCUCGGCCGAUUACGAAAUCCGAAAAUAUGUGCCGUCGGUGAUAGCUGAAUUCACAUUUGAUCCGUCACAGUUCAAGGGCGACAAAGACGGCGGCUUUACCGUGUUGGCCAAUUACAUUGGCGCCUUAGGCAACCCACAGAACACGAAGCCGGAGAAGAUUGCAAUGACGGCACCGGUAAUAACGAAGACCCAAGAGAGCUCUGGUGAAAAGAUUGCCAUGACAGCUCCGGUUGUGACCAAGGCUGGCGGGGAAGAGGAGAAGAAGAACAUGGUGAGUAUGCAAUUCUUGUUGCCGGAUAAGUAUAAGAAGGCGGAGGAGGCGCCUAAGCCGGUGGAUGAGAGGGUGGUGAUAAGAGAGGAGGGGGAGAGGAAGUAUGGGGUUGUGAAGUUUGGGGGAGUGGCGACGGAGGCCGUGGUUGAGGAGAAGGUGGAGAAGCUGAAGAAGUGCUUGGAGAGAGAUGGGUAUAAGGUAACUGGGGAAUUCUUACUGGCGAGGUAUAACCCACCAUGGACUUUGCCUCCAUUCAGGACCAAUGAGGUUAUGAUCCCGAUUGAGUGAAAUUUGAAGCCUAAUGCUUGCUGCACUGUAGUAGAUUUUAGUCUUUUCUGUUUCUUUUCUGUAGUGUUCAUCAGUGUCCACAGAUUAAGACUGCAACUUAAAUGCAGGUGCUGAUACUUAUGUGUAAUUCAAGCAACUCUCUGUUAUGGGAUUUGAAUAAAAGGGCAAAUUUUGAUUUAAA